AUGGAUUUGGCUGAACAUCAUCUGGAGAAGAGAUUGUCUGCCGACUUCAGUCUUGACAAAGCCUGGAAUAAUGAAGUCCUUUUCUCUGGGUCAUGGAUAAACAACGACGGGGGAGCGACCGAGGGUGUUUCUCUAGCCAUCACUUGCGUGGAGUGUUACACCAAAGGUGUUGUUACGGCCAAGCUGACGGACAAGGAGAUCAUCAACCCAAAGGUCCGUCUCUCUUUCGAGGGUGUUGAGGCUUAUGUCGAUUUGCGCAUUGCCAUGAGUGCUGGUGCCACCUAUGUGGUUAAUCUUUUCACUUCUAAUUCACCAAUUGGCCUUGGCUUUCCUGGCCUAAGCGUCGGCGUGGUCUUCUAUGUUGAUCUUGUCUUUGCCUUAACUGAGGAGAUUGAUCUAGAGGCCGGCUUCUACGUCAAGUUGGCUGAUGAUGCCUUCCUUGAAGCCAGUGUCUUUGGUGGUGAUAUCACGGAUCAUUUCUUCGACGGGAUCAGCAGCAAGUCCCUCCCCAUCACUGUAUUUACCGGAAAGGCGACUUUCAAGGCUGACCUCAGAGUCCGCGUGCAAUGCGGUGCUGAGGCCGAGCUUGACAUUUUUGGCAUCGGUGCCGGUGCCGAGGUCGGAAUUUACGCCAAUCUGAUUGAGUUUGUUGCUGUACUGGACUCAACGCCCGACUGCGCCCUCCAGAGUCGUGAAUGGUGGGAUCUUAAUGUCGGUGCUUAUGCUCACUUGGAUGUUGUUAUCGAUUAUAAGACUAUUGGGCCUGUGCCUACCGUCUCAACUACACUUCUCACUGCUCCGACCCUCACACAGUGCUGGAUCCAAGGGCCGUCACCCUCAGAAACCGGCGCCAUCACAGCAACAACUCUCACAACUAUCGCGCCUCCUGCUUACUCGGCCACGGUUUCUCUUCUACCAUCAUUGAGCGACAGCAGUGCGCAAGAAACAAUCUCCUCCCUGACAACGAUCGUGUUCUCCGGCACCGGAGUUACCACCCCGCCACCAUCAACGGCAACCGGUUCCGCAGAACAAUCUUCUCUGCCUUCUUCCAGCUUCAAGUAUCCCAUUAGCAAUUCAUCUACUCCGGCAGGCACCUCGACUGGAGAUGAGCUCAUCACUUCUACCGUGUACAGCACGACCACGUACACCAUCACCAGCUGCGCAGCCAGCGUGGUCAACUGCCCGGCCUCGUACCAGAAGGAGAUUGUUGUCACGCAGACCAUCGACCUCUUCACAACGGUGUGCCCUGCCACGGCGAGCAUCACCGCUCCCGCUAAUUCUACCUCGGCCUCGGCGGCUGCUUCCAGCACGGCAACUGCCUUGCCCUCGUCAGGAGCCAUCACCGUUCAUGUCAUCACGGACGUUAUUGUCCUCGUGCCCUGCGAGAGCCCUGUUGUCGAGACCUUCGUAGCGCCUAGCACCCUGUCCGCGCCGAGUGUGCAACAUGUCACUGGCACUGCGAUUAUUGCCAAUCCCAGCUCGACAUCGACAUCUACGUCUACGACUCUGUCACUUCCGUAUGUGGGCGGCGGUGGUGGUAAAGAGGUGUUCCAGUGGAGCAAUGCCACCGCAUCGACUUACAACCAGGGCACUGGCAAGCCUAGCGCGAGCCUCGUGCAGACUACCACAGUUGUUUCUCCUCUGCCGACGAGCGGAGCAGCUGACCGGGCUUUGGGUGGCAGCUUUGCUGGUGUAGUAGGAGUCGUUGCAGCGGCGUUGAUUUUGUUCUAA